CAGGCCCCGCCGAGCGACAACAAAAGCCGCGACCCGUCGGCCUCCGCCCUCCUCCCCAAACCCCAGACGAAACCCUAGCCUGCCUCCCAGGAGCGCCGAGUCCCUCCGCCCCCAACAGAUCUACGCGCGCGAGGUUCGGUUCGGUCUUCGGAGCUCGAGACAUGGCGGAGGAAAAUGCCCCAGUUGAGGUUGCCGCUCCGGUUGCGGCCCCUACCCCAGUUCUUGGAGAGCCCAUGGACUUGAUGACUGCUCUGCAGCUUGUGAUGAAGAAGUCAAGCGCUCAUGAUGGCCUUGUCAAGGGACUCCGUGAAGCUGCGAAAGCGAUUGAGAAGCAUGCUGCUCAGAUCUGUGUGCUUGCUGAGGACUGCGACCAGCCUGAUUACGUGAAGCUGGUGAAGGCACUGUGUGCUGAGCACAACGUUCACUUGGUCACUGUGCCUAGUGCCAAAACUCUUGGCGAGUGGGCUGGGCUUUGCAAGAUUGACUCUGAGGGCAAGGCGAGAAAGGUGGUGGGCUGCUCAUGUGUCGUCGUGAAGGACUACGGCGAAGAUUCCGAGGGUCUUCACAUCGUGCAGGAAUACGUCAAGUCGCACUAGGGACGGCCUUCCAGUUUCCGGAUUCUGCAGGAUGCUAGUAGCUUCUUUAUGAUUGUGUUCCAUGUCUGAAACUUGUUAGCCUAUGAAAAUUAUCGUAUGCGGUUUUGUCGAAUCAGAGUUUCGUUUCUGGUGCUGGGACAUCAUGGCUUGAUUGCCAGAGAUACAGAUCUUCCAGUUUCCAUUUUGUUGGUGCUAUCUCUAUUAAAUAUGGGAGUAUGUUGAUUUUGAGCUUGCA